UCGAGCUGUAAAUCCUCCGCAUCGCUCGACUCCUCCGCACUCGUCCUCAUCUCUCAUCCUUUCAGUCGCCCCCUCGUAUUCACCAUGGCGAUCCUCCUCCUCCUAACCGUCCUAUCAAUCCUCGCCCCAAUCACCUAUGCCACCCACAACCUAUACUUCCACCCCCUCGCCCACCACCCAGGGCCACUCCUCUGGCGGGCCUUCCGCCUCCCCUUCACCCUGUCCAUGAUACGCGGCGAACUACCGCAUCGCAUCCGCGCCCUGCACGAACAAUACGGCGACGUGGUCCGGGUCGCCCCGAACGAACUCUCCUUCAUCGACCCUGCCGCCUGGCGAGACAUCUACACCCGAGGCCGCGACUUCGUCCGCCCCGACGAAUACAAGGACCAGCCGCCUGGCAAGACCGCCGAGAACCUGAUCGCCUGCUCGGAGGCGAAGCACGCGCAGUUCCGCAAGAUCCUGGCGCCGGGGUUCUCGGAGCGGUAUGCGGCGGAGCAGGAGCCGUAUGUGCAGUCUUAUAUUGACCAGUUGUGUGAGCGGUUGGAUGAGCGGGCUGAUGUCGAUGUCGUCGAGUGGAUUAAUUAUGUCGCGUUUGAUAUCAUUGGGGAUUUGACGUGGGGGUCGUCGUUUGGGUGUUUGGAUGGGUUGGCGUAUCAUCCGUGGAUUCAGACGGUGAGUCAGUUCAAGGCGGCGAUUAUUGUGGGCGCGCUGAAGUUCUAUCCGCUGGUUUAUGCGUUCUUGAUGGCGAUUACGCCGGCGUCGGCGCUGAGUGAGGUCAUGCAGAUGUGGAAGGUGACGGAGGAGAAGGUGCGGCGGCGGGUGGCGAGCGGGGAGACGCGGCCUGAUUUGGUGGGCACGAUGAUGCAGAGUAGUAAGGAGGGUGAGGGCAUGACGGGGGAGGAGAUGGAGGUGAAUGCGAUGAUGAUCGUGGCGGCGGGGAGCGAGUCGAUCACGACUGUCUUGACGGGCGUGAUUAACCACCUGCUCCGGAACCCGAGGGUGCAUCAGACUUUGGUGGAUAUUCUUCGGGGCACGUUCUCUUCGUCAGAGGAUAUUACUGCCUCGUCGUUGAAGAAUGUCCCGUACCUGAAUGCGGUGCUCAACGAGGGAAUGAGGCUAUGUCCGACGAUCCCGGACGCUAUGCGCCGAAGUGUUCCAGCAGGAGGAGCCACGAUUGCAGGCCGGUUCGUGCCCGGGGGAAUGGUUGUUUCUGUUCCGCCGUGGGCGACAUAUCGCACCUCUCGCAAUUUCACUCGUCCGAAUGAGUUUGCGCCGGAACGGUGGCUGGAUGAUGUUGCGUUCAAGAAUGACGUGAAGACGGCCUUUAACCCUUUCUCGCUGGGUCCUCAUAACUGUCCGGGUCAGAACCUUGCCUGGCUGGAGCUUCGGUUGAUUCUUGCAAAUUUGCUCUGGAGAUAUGAUAUUUACACGCCGCCGGGGGUGGAACUGCCCGAAUGGGAGUCCCAGGGGAUCUGGUGGUUCUGGGAUAAGAAGCCGACAAUGGUACGGUUCAGCCGGUUCAGGUAGAUCUACUUAUUAUUCAGGGGAGGGGUCUUGUUAUGGCUGUUCCAUAUCAAUCAGCCAAGACACCUCAAUUCUUUUGGCGCUGGCUCGAGACAAGUCUCAGGACUUAAGUCGGCUCCCGCUCUGCAUAAAAUGUUGACUGCGCAGCUAUCUUCAGACGUGUAAAUAGCAUAGACCAUCCAAAUCAGAAAUCGUUGACCCUCUGCGGUCUGUCUUGCGGC